CACACACACCUCACCAAAAGCAACACUUAGCCACCGAAACCCUAAUUCAGCUACCCUCUCCCCCAAGACACAGCAGCAGCUGCGCAGCCCCUCUAACCUAAACACCAUACACAGUAUCUGAAGCAAAGAAGAAAGGGGGAGAUGGAGCAGAGCUGCGAACAGGGGAGGGACGAGCCGCGCUACUAUCGCCGGUCACCUCGCCGCCGUGCCCAGAUCACGUCCAGCCCUCGUCACCGCCAUUCGUCCUCAGCCUGAUCACGUUCUUGUUCGGCUGCCGUUGCUUCCAUGUCCUCCAACGGCGUUGCUGUUGUCGCAGAUUGAGUCGCCGCAAAGAGGAGGAAAGGGCGUUGCUUCACACCUCGCCGCCAUCGCUGCUCUGAAAGGGGCUGUAUUGGUUGCCGUCGAACUCGAAUGGGAAGGAAGAACAAUUCUGGGAUAGAGAGAGAGGCAAAGGUGGUGUGGCGCAAGAAAGGAGGUGGGUUAUUCGGGUUGCCGUUCGCACCACCGAGGUUGAGCCGUAGCGCCGCCAUCGCGCCACUGACGGCCACUGCAAGGGUUCGCCGCCGCCACCUUACCACUGCCGGCAAGCACAGAACGGGAGAGAAAUCGGAGAAGACCCGAGGGGAGACAGAGAGGCCUGAGGCUGAGCUAGGGUUCAGCCACCAUGCCCAGUCGUGCUCGCGUCGCCGGCGCCGCCUCCACCGGAGCUGCCGCCAUCAGAAAAAGGUUUCGACCGCCGCAGGGUCGCUGCCAAAAGAGGGAGCUGCGUCUCUGUGAUUCUGACCAUCGGAAGGGGCUCUGCGACUUCCGGGAGCACCACCGGAGCUUCUGGCUAUUUUUGCCGUCGUCGGAAAAUUCUAUCGGUCAUCGCUGCCGAUUGAGGUGGCUGCCGGGUUGCUGCCGAACCGGUUCAGAGACCGCCGCUAUUUCGGUUCAGCCGCUCUUUCUUCGGUUCGGUAAGCGUUUCGAUUUGAAAGCCCUUUUAUUACUAUUCUGUUAUCUCACACUGAGGUUUGUGGCGUUAAUUGCUAUACGAUUGAGUUUUGGUUGUUGUAUGUUGCGAUUGGAGUUGUUGAGACUGUUGCGAAAGUGGCUUAGAACCGAGGUUUUGGUUGCCGGGAUUUUGAUUGUUGAUUUUGAGUUGAGGCGGAAAGAACUUUUGAGGCGUUUGGAUUAUGGAUUUGCAUUUUGAGGAUAUGGGCACUGAAGUCAUGAAGAGUUUAUUUAAUUGUUGUUGUGAUGUUCUAUAUUGCUUUAAAUUGUUACUUAUUGUACCCUCGCCUUUAUCUUGAUAUAUUCUGUAAGAGGGAUAGGAAUUGUAUUGGAUAAUGCUUGUAAUAUUAUUUAUAUGUAUAUGUAUAUAUAUGGAUGUACUCUUUAUGAGUUUUUGUAA